UGUGUAUGUCUCUCUGUCUGUUUGCUCGCCGUGGCCGCUAAAUCAUCGCGCACUCGGUCGCCCCCCAGUCGCUCGCGAGCUGUCGUUGCGCGAACAUUCGAAAAGUCCGCGACAGAGCCAGAUCCGUUCUUCGUUCGGUGCUGAGCUUGGCCGAGAAAGAAUCUGAUCCAAAUCGUCGUCCACCGACGCACCGUUUGUUCGGUACGGGUCACACGGAAUCUUCCGUCGUUUAAACAUUUGGACUAGUGCCUCUCUACGAUCUCUCCCCCCAAGAGGUUAGGACAAAACAACGGUCAAAAUGCAUCGCGCAAGAACAGCACUCCACAUGGUGAACCCGAUGGGUCAGCAGAACUUCGGAGCAUUUCUGCUGAAGAAACCGGCGUCGAAGCUGACCACCGAACUGGUUGCCGCUUCGUCCGUGAAGCUUUACAACUCCGCCGCAGCCGAACCGUUCCUGAAUGGUUCCUCGUCAAACUACAUCGACGAUAUGUACAAUGCGUGGCUGCGAGAUCCAGCUUCCGUGCAUGCGUCUUGGGAUGCAUAUUUCCGCAAUAACUCGUACGCCGCACCACCGAGCUUAGCUCCGGUGCCGAAGAACCAUGUACCCGCCGCACAGUACCUCGGUAGCUCGCUGCCAGCCGUGGCAGGCGGUGGCGUCGCCGUCGGUGGACGCAUCGACGAUAAGCUGAUCGAUGAUCAUCUUGCCGUGCAAGCUAUCAUUCGCAGCUAUCAGAUCAGAGGGCAUAAUGUGGCCCGGCUUGACCCGCUCGGCAUCAAUAGUGCAGACCUGGACGAUAAAACUCCACCAGAGUUGCUGUACUCGUCCUACCGUUUCGUACACCAAAGGAUCUUGGAGUGUAUAAGCAAUGAAGAUCGUCGGCUGCUGAUGGGGAUGAAGGAAGCCGACAUGGAGCGCGUGUUCAAGCUGCCGAGCACAACGUUCAUCGGUGGCAAGGAAAAGUUCCUGCCGCUGCGUGAAAUUCUGGGCCGGCUGGAGAAGGCGUACUGCAACAAGAUCGGCGUCGAGUUCAUGUUCAUCAACUCGCUCGAACAGUGCAACUGGAUCCGCGAGCGCUUCGAAACGCCCAACAUCAUGACGUACACGAACGAGGAGAAACGUUUGAUCCUGGCUCGUCUGACGCGCGCGACCGGCUUCGAAGCGUUCCUGGCGAAGAAAUUCUCGUCGGAAAAGCGUUUCGGGCUGGAGGGUUGUGAGAUUAUGAUUCCCGCCAUGAAGGAGGUAAUCGACGUGUCGACGCGCCUUGGCGUUGAGUCGAUCAUCAUGGGUAUGCCGCACCGUGGUCGCUUGAACGUGCUGGCCAACGUGUGCCGCAAGCCGCUGCACCAGAUCUUUACGCAGUUUGCCGGUUUGGAAGCGGCCGAUGAUGGUUCCGGUGACGUAAAGUACCAUCUGGGUACGUACAUUGAGCGGCUGAACCGUGUGACGAACAAGAACAUUCGUCUGGCCGUCGUCGCCAACCCGUCCCAUCUGGAGGCGGUCGAUCCGGUAGUCCAGGGUAAGACGCGCGCCGAACAGUUCUACCGCGGCGAUGGCGAGGGCAAGAAGGUGAUGUCGAUCCUGCUGCACGGUGAUGCCGCGUUCUGCGGACAGGGUGUGGUGUUCGAGACGAUGCAUUUGUCCGACCUGCCGGACUACACCACGCACGGUACGAUCCACAUUGUGGUGAACAAUCAGAUCGGCUUCACGACCGAUCCGCGUCACUCGCGCUCGUCGCCCUACUGCACGGACGUGGCACGCGUCGUCAAUGCGCCCAUCUUCCACGUGAACGGUGACGAUCCGGAAGCGGUGAUGCACGUGUGCAAGGUGGCGGCCGAAUGGCGCGCCACCUUCCACAAGGACGUCAUCAUCGAUAUCGUGAGCUACCGGCGCAACGGGCACAACGAAAUCGAUGAGCCAAUGUUCACGCAGCCGCUCAUGUACAAGAAGAUCCGCGGCACCAAGCCGGCGCUCGAUAUCUACGCGAACCAGCUGAUCAGCGAGGGAGUCGUGACGGCCGAGGAGGUGAAGAGCGUGAAGGACAAGUACGAGAAGAUUUGCGAGGAAGCGUUCGAGCAGGCAAAGACCGAAACGCACAUCAAGUACAAGGACUGGAUCGAUUCGCCGUGGUCGGGCUUCUUCGAGGGCAAGGACCCGCUGAAGGUCGCCCCGACCGGGGUGAUCGAAGAGACGCUGGUCCACAUCGGCAACCGUUUCUCGUCGCCACCCCCGAACGCGGCCGAAUUCGUCAUCCACAAGGGUUUGCUGCGUGUGCUGGCCGCGCGUAAGGAAAUGUUGGAAAACAAAACGAUCGAUUGGGCGCUGGCCGAAGCGAUGGCGUUUGGUUCGCUGCUGAAGGAAGGCAUCCACGUCCGACUGUCCGGCCAGGACGUGGAGCGUGGCACAUUCUCGCACCGUCAUCACGUGCUGCACCAUCAGACGGUCGACAAGGCGACGUACCGGCCGCUGUGCCACCUCUACCCGGAUCAGGCCCCGUACACGGUGUGCAACAGCUCGCUGUCCGAGUUCGGUGUGCUCGGCUUUGAGUUGGGCUACUCGAUGACCAACCCGAACGCGCUCGUCUGCUGGGAGGCCCAGUUCGGCGACUUCAACAACACCGCACAGUGCAUUAUCGAUCAGUUCGUGUCGUCCGGACAGGCGAAAUGGGUGCGCCAGAGCGGUUUGGUGAUGCUGCUGCCGCACGGUAUGGAGGGUAUGGGACCGGAACAUUCGUCGGCCCGCGUCGAGCGGUUCUUGCAGAUGUGCUCGGACGAUCCCGACUACUUCCCGCCAGAGUCGGACGAGUUUGCCAUCCGGCAGCUGCACGACAUCAACUGGAUCGUGGCCAACUGUUCGACCCCGGGCAACUACUUCCACCUGCUGCGUCGCCAGAUUGCGCUGCCGUUCCGCAAGCCGCUCAUCGUGCUGACGCCCAAGUCGCUGCUGCGUCAUCCGGAGUGCAGGAGCAACUUUAGCGAGAUGACGGAGGGAACCGAUUUCCAGCGAUUGAUUCCCGACGCGCUGACCGCCGAAAACCCGAACCAGGUUAAGCGUGUGAUUUUCUGUACUGGCCGUGUGUACUACGACCUGCUGAAGGCCCGUCGUGACCGCAAGCUGGAUAACGAUAUUGCAAUCAGCCGUAUCGAACAGAUCUCGCCCUUCCCGUACGAUCUGGUGAAGGCCGAAUGCGCCAAAUACCCGAACGCUGAGCUGGUGUGGGCCCAGGAGGAACACAAGAACCAGGGCUGCUGGACGUACGUGCAGCCACGCUUCGACACCGCGAUCAACUCGACUCGUGAUUUCAGCGUGCAAGAGGAAAAGCUUGUGCAGCAGAAAACCGGCCAAGGAUUCAAUAUCCCGCAAGGUACCUUUAACUCUCCGACGAGCGGUUCCGCGGCCAGCAAGGGUCGCAAGGUGCGAAUCUCAUCGCGACCACUUAGCUAUGUGGGACGUCCGUGUGGUGCAUCUACCGCCACCGGCUCGAAGGCCCAACACUUGAAGGAAUUGAAAAAUCUUCUGGACGACGCAAUGGCCUUGUAAAUUCGCUGCUGCGAACGAAAAAAAAAAACAAAAACUGGGAACCGGAUGUGUGUAUGUUUGCUUUGGGAGACCAACCAACGAGCAACAAGGAGGAUGAGCGCGAGUCGCGAGUCGCGAGACGUUGGACUGUUUUUAACGAUGUUGUGCAUAUCCUGUUAAGCUCGAUAACGACGAUAACGACACACACAGGGAGGGCAGAACGAAGGAGAGGAGAGCAGCAGCAGCAGCAAAGCACACACGUAACGCGUUUGUCACCGGUAUGGCUGCAGGACUAUAUUUCUACGAUAUUACGAAGUGAAACACAGGAUAUCCUUCAACAUCCUACCCUACAGGACAGGUAGCGGGGCUGUGGUGCGGGGGGGGAGAGUGGGCCGACCACCACCACCGUACCACCCCUGUUGCCUGCAUCGGUUAUUUAUGAAGUUUUUGCGCUAGUUUUAGUAGUUCUAUUUAAUACGAUUAGGGGGGGUGCGAAUUGAAAAAAAAGAAACCAAUCCUAAAGCAAGAUAAUACAUUUAAUCAGUACACAGUUAUACAAAGUGAAUAAAAAAACAAUACAACAAUACAACAGUUGUACCGACAGGUAGCACUGGUUAAAAAGAAAUAGAAGAAGAAGCUAAUGUAGCUGUUGUGUGUCUCUGUAGUAUCAGCGCGCGGGUUCACUCAGAGAUCAUCUUCCCAGUGAUCUCUGAUCACACACACACUCACACUCACAAAUUGCCCCUAAUUGGAAUAGAUUUUUGUUUAGGAAAAGCAAAGAUGAAAAGCUCAUCCUUACAAAGGAUAAUAGUAAUGUCACACAUUCAAACGUACAUCCACGCAUACACAUACAUACAUUUAUUUUAAUUAAUUAGUGAAAAGUAUAGAUGUUGCGUGUGGUGUUGUAGAGUGUCUCUUGUAUUGGUUCGCACGAUACGAGAGACACCGGGCGCCUCCACGCCACUCGAGCAUAUUUAUUUACAUACGUUCGAUAUGUUUCUUUUUCCCUUUCCUCUUUACACUGUCACCGGUAACGAAUGAUCACAUGAUAUGUAGUAAAAGAAAAACGUAAAAGGCACUAGUUCUAUUUUAUUCUGUUGUUGAUAGGUAGCAACUGCUAAGCGUGUUAUUGGAAGUGUUCACUUCUCGCGCGUCACCUGUAGAUUGUUGAAGGAUUCAAGUGGAGUAAAAAGCAAAAAAGCCCUCAAUACAACAAGAGUCUGUUGCGCAGUGAAUAAAAAUGCACAGAUGGUGUAAAUGUGUUUUGUUUUA